AUGGCCACCUCACCAUUCUGGCUGACUAGGAAGGUGUUUUCCUUCAAGCUGAGCAAAUGGACGGGGCUUGCUUUCUUCCGGUCACUGGUGGUCUCCUUGCCUAACAUUUGCCGGAAGAAACUAAUCCAUAAGCUGCAGGAGGAAAAGGCUUUUCGGGAAGAGAUGAAAAUUUUCCGUGAGAAAAUAGAAGACUUCAGGGAAGAGAUGUGGAAUUUCCAAGACAAAAUCCAUGCUUUCCGGAGCCAGAUCUUGGGCUUUUGGGAAGAGGAGAGACCUUUCUGGGAAGAGGAGAAAACCUUCUGGAAAGAGGAAAAAACCUUCUGGGAAAUGGAAAAAUCUUUCCGGGAAGAAGAGAAAACCUUUUGGAAAAAGUAUCGUACUUUCUGGAAGGAGGAUAAGGCCUUCUGGAAAGAGGACAAUGCCUUAUGGGAAAGAGACCGGCACCUUCUUCAGGAGGACAAGGCCCUGUGGGAGGAGGAAAAGGCCCUGUGGGUAGAGGAAAGAGCUCUUCUUGAUGAGGAGAAGGGCCUGUGGGAGGAUAAAAAGUUCCUCUGGGAGGAACAGAAUGCCCUCUGGGAGGAAGAGAAAGCAUUCUGGGCAGAAGGUGGCGGCCAUAUUGCUGAGGAGCAGAUACCUGAAGACAGGCACUACAAUGUCAAUGGCGGGCCACGAUCGCCAGCCUUCUUCCGAGGCAGGGCAUGA